AUGAGCAAGUCUUCAAAGACCAAAAAAUUCGUAAUUAACUCCAAAAUUUUCUAAUUUACUAGGUCAAACCGCCAGGAGUGACAGACGAACAGAUAGAAGAGUAUAAGGAGUCGUUCAACCUUUUCGACAAAAAUGGAGAUGGACGAAUAUCAAAGACAGAACUUAUGUCUGUGAUGAAAUCUUUAGGGCAAAAACCAACACAGGCAGAAAUUGACCAAAUGAUAAGAGAAGUGGACACAAACUGUACGUUAAUUUAAUCGUUUAAUUGGCGAAUAUAAAAGCCGAUGGGCAGAUCGACUUCUCCGAAUUUGUCUCAAUGAUGAGCAAGCAGAAGCCCUCUUCAAGUGAAGACAGAAUGAGAGAAGCUUUUAAUGUCUUCGAUCAGGACAGAAACGGCUUUAUAACGGUUGAAGAAAUGAGGUAUUAUUUGUCAUCGUUAUUUAUCUUAUUUUUUCCCUGUGUAUGCAUUAAAAGAAGUUCAUCGCUUUGCUUGCAUUUUGCUGGUUAGGGCGUUAGUUUCGCAUGCAAGUGUGGCACUUUUAGACGUCAUGGAAACUACAUUAACGCAACAUUGUUUUGUCAUAUAGUACGUUACUACAUUUUCUCCUAUUCAUAAGAUAUACGCUAGAUAGAAGCCAAACUACACUUACGUAAUAGCUCCUGCCAGGGUAGUUAAAAGCUAUUUAUUUUUCAUGUCCUGUUUGAGAGUCUUAUAUUAGGCCCACAACACUGAAUUUACUAAUUGCGUCCAUGCCGGUCGGGAUUAAAAACCAGCAAAAAAAGAAAAGAAGUCUAUCUAAAUACCACGACCUGUCGUACGGUAAAUAAGAAUAAUCAUAUUUUCCGCUCAGAAAGGUCAUGAAAACUCUUGGACAAGAGCUGACGGAGGAUGAAAUCAAACUCAUGAUCAGAGAGGCUGACAAAGACGGUGACGGUCAAGUCAACUUCGAAGGUCAGUUAAUUUGAUGUAUGCGUCUUUUGUCAGCACGUUUUUUGUGUAACCCAUAUCGACUGAUAAGUUGUUUGUACAAGUUCCUCAACAAUAUGUUUCCACUCCUAAAUAAUGCAGUAUUGUGGCAUUUUUAGAAGUCUUAUUUACUUAGUGCUUGUGAAGUCUAUUUUAUAUCCAGUCGGUGGAGUUGAGACUAUUAUAUAACAGCACCCAGGAAUUCGUAAUUUUACUGUCUUUGCAUCACGGGGACUUCAGAUCAUAUGGGUGGUGGUGUUGGCAAUGAGCGCUUAUCUUCUGUUUAAAUAAGAAUGAGGUGCUGAACUGCGCGUCUUUCUUACAGUCGGCCAAGUGCUGGGCUGCUAUAGCAGCAGAUAUACCUAUAGGGUGGCUAUAGCCACCUAGAUAACCAAAGUUACCGGCCGUCCACCGGCUAUCCGAACACAUGUAGAACGCGAACGAAGAGUUGAUAGCCCUUCUUUGCCGACCCGUGGUUGAAGGAUUUAAAGGGCUAGUGUGAAGUAGGACGUGGGAAAAGAAAACAUAAAUUUGACAUGCAAAGACUGUGGUCUUACACAGACCCAAUAAAAUAACAAGGAUUUUUAGUAUUUAGUUUCGUGAGUAUACAAAAGAAUGGUAGGUACGCGACGCAAUUAGCUAACACACUUUUUAUCUUAAGUGUAAAUCGCAAAACAGCCGCACCGUCAUUCAGAAACGAUCCGCAUUGGAGUCAUUUAAUCGCCUUCGAUUCCCUGCUAGGAUCUGGGUCACAAAGUGCCCCAGUUUUCUGAGUCCCUUUGCAGACGAAAUGAGUUUACGUUGAGUAAAGAAACAAACUUGCUUCGUUAUGAUCUCAAUGCUUAAUUUGUGUUUCUUUGCAGGGAGUGUUUUUAACAAUAUUUGAUUUGAUCUAAAAGUUCGGGCUUUUUCUCCAAACUCGGUUUUAUUUUUUGUCCUUUGGAAAUGGUGUUUCCCUCAUCAGAAAUAGUUGUCAGCGUGUUAGUUAUGACGUACCGUGAAGAACUGUGGUCAUCGUGAUAUUGUUCGGGAAAAUGCCAAAGAAACAUUCUCUAAAAUUACAUAAAAUUAGAAUAUGGGUCCUAAUUUACUCACCAAGUUAGAGAACUGUAGCAUUCUCAAGGUGAACCCCUCAAAAGUCAGAGGACCUACGCCAAGAAUUUUCUUUUACUGUAGCCUUCGUACAGGUUAGUUGAUAUUUGCUUCGUACCAUCUAUCUUUUAAUUUACUUGACUACUUAGAAAACAGUCGAUGCGAUUCAUCCAGCCUGUCUUGGAUUUGUCAGUACUCGGAUACCAUCUGUCUUAUUCUGGUUGGCCGAUAAUAAUUGUAGUUGUUGCUUGCCGCCCUCACUUUGCUGACGGUAUCGUAAGAGUGUCGGCCCUAUUGAACUAUCAUAGACUGCUACUUUUCCCACCCUCUGCCUCCGGCCCGCUUGAAGUGCUGCCUCUUUCUGUGUGUAAGAUCUGCGCUUACAGAAUUAGCCGAUCGGGUCGGUUGCGAUUUGAUGCAGUUCCUCUUAAAGAUUUUCUCUUCCUUCUAUGCAUCAUGCUGAGGAAAUCUCCUUUUAAUUUAAACUCCCACCCCUAUUGACAGAAAUGACUGAGACGGAUACAUAACACCGCCGAACGAUGGCCGCAGUCAUAAAAUGGAAUUUAUUUAAUUACAAACCAUAAGGCGAUGUCUUCGGUCUUUGGAACGAUAAAUUAACACUUUUGGAGACUGCUUCAACUUAGUCUGAAUGUCGUUGGUGCGUCCACUCUACACGUUUAUAUCCUUAGAAUUCAGUACUAUCGUCUGUUGCAUAAGUAUCAAAAGACAUUUCACGAGGAGAAUAGUUUGGAUGUUGUUUGCCGAGAAGAAUUCACUAAGUCUAGGAUAAAUAUUAGUGGAUUAUGGUGAAGUAGGGGCGGGACGUCGCGCAUAUCUAUUCAAUUCGUCAUAAUAAGGAACCGUACACACUACUGCCAGUAUGGGUAGGACGCGCAUGAUAUGGGUUGUGGUUAAUCAUUUCGCUCAGCCACUGCAGUCUCGAACACCCGGACGUAUUGAUUUUUAUCAUUGUAUGCAUUUUUCCUCACCCUUAUCCGUGUCUUGAGCUUCACAUCACUGCAGUAUCCCAACCGGAGAGCAUAAAAUUGAAAAAAAAACAUUUUUAAUAUUUAUGUAAGUUGAAGUAAUGAAAUUGACUGUGAAUUCAACCUGGGUGAGCUUAAAAUUAUGUAAACCUAAUGCCGUUAUAAAGAUUGGUCGAGUUAGGUGUACGGUAUUCACGUUUAAUUGACCUCUCCUGGCCUGCGAACCCCCCAAUGGGGCGUUUUGGGUCAAACGUGACAUAUCUUGAGGGCAAGACCCGAGAGUUUACCCUCAUGUUCGUCAUUUUCCCUUUGAUCGCAUUACAGCACUUAAGACACUUUGCUUACACCUGGCAUGAAAUACAUCAGUGAGACUACCACUUGGCGUAAGGUAGAUAUUAUGAACGGGCCAUUCUUACUGCCGGAUUCUACUUUUCGCCUGGGCUUCCGAUGUUUUUGCAGGUGACGAUUUUAAGGAGGAUUCCGGUGGUGUACAGCAUUUAGAGACAUUCCUGACACAAAAGUCUGUGGAAGCAUCCAUGUUUUCAGUUUUCUUGGAAAUUGACGCAUAAGCAGGGAGUAGAUCUUUCUCAGCAAAGCUCUUUGGGCUGGCUUCGGAUGGUUAUAUAACCAUUUGAGCCGAAAUUCAUCAGAUACCGUGGAACAACCGCGUAAUAUCCAUUAAAUGCAACGGGCAGUUAGGAGUUUACAAGUGCUGAGUUGCUUCCCGCGCUGCGAGCAAAAAAUAUAGUAAAUCAUUGAGUAUUUGUACAUAAAGCGAAUGACCGAUCUCAUGAAAUCUUGGCUGAGAUUCUGAAAUGGGUUUUCGAUUGGGAAGGAUUAAUUAGGCGUGGUCGUAAUACUGAUUAUCUUGCGACAUAAUCAUGUAAUAUUUCGGACUCGGCAGGAUGUCAGCUUUUGAGUACACCGCCUUUUUAAUCUCCUGUAGAAACUGAAUUCGGUAAAAAGUGACUAUUUAAACAGCGUGCUUUUUUUCACAUAGAUCUUCGAUGGUCUUGCAAAUUUAAAAAUAUUUUACAGAAACCGCGAACAAAAAUAUGCUUUCUUUCAGUCGUUUGAUAGACAAUCACGCCAUCUUAAUAUUUUAUACUCGAAGAAGGAGUAUAAUUAGGUUUGAAAAAAGUUUUCUAAUUCCCGAGUAAUUUGGAGCCUGAUCAGUCGGUGCAUGAGCGCUUCGUGGUUUCAGUCAACAAGCUGCAUGUGCUCCCCAUAAAGAAAAUCACAUGUUAUUCUAUGUCUUUAAAAAGAAAUUAUAUGGAGUCCAUAAAAUUUUACAAUUGAUGAUUACCAUGUUGUACAUUUCAUGGGGAGCAGUGAACGAACAGGUAAGAUGCUGUAUGAAUGGACAUUAAAUGCUCUUAAAAAAUCUCAUAAUAAGAAGCUUUUUUAAGACCUAAUUAUACUCCUUCUUCGAGUAUAAAAUACAAAGAUGGCGUGAUUAUCUAUCAAACGACUGACAGAAAGCAUAUUUCGUUCGCGGUUUCUGUAAAAUAUAUUUGAAUUUGCAAGACCAUCGAAAAUCUGUGUGAAAAACCUAAAUGGCCAGCAAUUCGACAGCCUGCCCGUCGAACGCUGUACGAAUCACCGCCACUCCGGAAUAAGAGAAAUGGGUUGUACAGGGGUGGGAUUGCACGGCAUUGAAAUAGGGCGCUCGACACGCUUGCAGCUGAUCAGACAUUCGCUCCGCUGUGUCCAGCACCACUGACGUGGCAGUUACUCAGUGCAUGCUAAUUAGAUGGUCAUUUUUUACCGAAUUCAGUUUCAAUAGAAGAGUAAAAAGACAGUGUAUUCAAAAGUUGACAUCCUGCCGACUCCGAAAUGCUAUAGGAUUAUGCCGCAAGAUAAUCAGUAUUACAACUGCGCCUUUCUAAUCGGCCAACAGUUAAUGCGAUCGGUCACUCCCUGUGGUACAACACAAUUUCCGUGACUUGCUCCUCGCUCUGUCCUUAGCAGUUUAGCGUUUUUUAUUGAAAAUAUGCAGGUUUAUUUUUUCCUGCCCGCUCGUCCUCCCAGUCGGUCAAGUCCACACACGCUUCCCCUGCUAUCUACCCCCAGAGAUUCGGCAUCUGAACGUCUGCCCCGUGUUUACGUGGGGUCAAGUGACUAAUACACAAGUCCCCGCUGGAUGACAUUUGCGUGGAAAUGUGCCGUCUUCUAAAGGGGUUUCCUAGUUUUUUGUUUUAGUCUCACGAGUUUUAAUAGCCGUUGCAGGCCAAAAUGAUCGUGCAAGACUUGAUCAAAGCUACACCAAACACACUAUUUCUUCUAAACUCGGCCCUUGUUUACAUGCGUCUUUCUUUGCCAACCUGCAAAAGCGACCGCCGAAACAAGAAUAUUUAUUUGCCUGAACUUUUAGAUUCUCACUCGAACCCAUUAAGUUGAUCUGUCGUUGUCUCUGGUAAAUAAGUUUCCUGUUUCAGUGACCGCAUCCCCCUUUUUUGCCAACAACGCUUGGUUUGAAAUAAGAGCACCGACUCUGGUAGUACAGACUGUCCAUGCGUCCUAAUAUAAUAUCCGUCACCUGAAGUUUUCAUUCCAGAGCACAUGCCUAUUGCAGUACUCUCUGCAGUGGUUUCUGUCGGAAAAGUAAGGUCUUCUUAUCCGGAAACCUAAUUUAGAUGGUCUGGGCCAGUUCGAAAACACAUUCAACGACGUCUUCUGGUAUCCGCAGCCACCUUAGCAGUCUUAGGUGUUGACGUGACGUCUGCCUUAAGGAUGAAAAUCCGUCCGCGUAGUUCUUUCAUCUGGAGCCAACUGCUCACCGGAUCGGUAUGCAGUCAUAUAGCUCCAUAAACAGGCGGUCUUCCGAUCUCCUGCACCUCAGGGCAAAGUUGAACAAGUCCACUGGCAUCGCCCGCGCGAGAAGAAAAGAGUGGGCUUCUGUAUAUUUGCUGUUAGUUAGGGUCACCAAAGAAGACUCUCGAAAAUGCCCUGUUUCGCUGGGCCCUACACGCGGUAAAUGUGGAAACACAGUACCAGCCAGUUACACAUGACCGAAGUAAACACGCUAGUCGGAUCACUAAUCAACCUUAGAUCUACCUGAAAUUCCGGCCGAUGACAUCAAAAUAUGUUUCCCAAACCCCUUUCUGUGAACAUCUAGUUUAAAGCAGUAGCAACGUUCUCACGCCGUUACCUUUUGCAACUUAACCUUCCCUUCCUUUGAAUGGCUCCAUCUUUAAGAACCGCCAUUCCUGUAUUGUGGUUGGCCUUGCUCCAUAGUUCGGUUGGGGGGGGGGAGCGGGGGUUGUAUAAGCGUUUUCAACCCUCGUAUGAUCUCAUUUAACCCAAUGCAUAUUUUUUGUGUCGCCUCGGAAGCUGUAGUGAACCUUAUUCAAACGGAAGCUGACAGUUCUCCACCGAAUUAUCCUUCGUCGACGCCUCCGGCACAUGAACGGUCGUAGCCACAGUCGGAACUGCAGCGACAAUAUAAUUAUUAUUAUUAUUAUCAGUGGCAGAAGUAGUAGUUGCUGUAGCGCCGGUGGUGGUGGUGGUGGUGGUGGUGGUGGUGGUGGUGGUGGUGGUGGUGGUGGUGGUGGUGGUGGUGGUGGUCGAUGUCGUAAAGAUGUGUGCAGGGAUGACGAUUGGAGUGUUUUCGAAAGCAGCAACUGAAGUUGUCGUGUUUUUGCUCUAUUUGGUCCGGAAAUAUCCGAGGAGGCGGAUCCGUGCGCCGGUAGGUUCGUCCACGGCGUGAGCAGGCUGUGGGGGUGGGGGGGGUGGGGGGUUAUUUGUAUGGUGGAGGCGCUUGAGACCUGAGAUUAAAUCUUAUGGCCUUGGUAGCGCCGAUUCUGUUGGUUUCAUAGACUGCUCCUUCAGCACCCGCAAUUCGACAGCUUGCCCGUUGAACGCAGUACGAAUCACCGUCAUUCCGGAAUGAGAGAAAUGGGUUGUACGGGGGUGGGAUUGCACGGCGUCGAAAUAGGGCGCUCAACACGCUUAUAGUUGAUCAGACACUCGCUCCCCUGUCUCCAGUAUCACUGACGUGGCAGUUACUCAACCGACCAGAAGCAAACCUUGUCAACUUCAAUAUCAACUGAAUCAGACGUGCCAUGACGGUUUGCCAAGAAGCGGCCCUUAUCAGUGGACUCCCCCCCUCCCCUCCCGGGUGGACUGCACUAUCCAAGUAACCCGUCAUUGUGAGCACAGCAGUGGAGACCUGCUCAGCGUCAACAUAACUCACGCUCUUUUCACGUCCAUCAUGGUAAAGUGGAAAAAUAGGGUCAGGAUGGUUGGAGUCGGAUUCAGAUGUGGUAACUGGCUAUGCCACACGCGCGCUUCGCAGGCUCAGUCAGCAUAAACCAAACUUCACUUCACUGGUGAGAGAACUGCCAUAAAUCCACGAUAGGAGGCCAGUGGCAGCAGCAUUAAUUAGAAGUGCCACAGUGAAACCGCUGGGUUUAUUUUUUUGUUCUUGACCAAGGUCGCGCCUGAACCCACACCAACACAUAUACACGACUAGCCUGGAGCAGUAGGCAGCAGGCGAGUUCACAGGGGAGGGUGCGUGACCUGUGGAAACCUGCACAGGCGCGCACCUGCGUAUUCGCACCCACAUACACACACACAUACGCCGAGAACUGACGUGAGCUUUCGCGUCCUAACUCGUUGCUGCCCGCCCGCUGCCGCUGCUUUUGUGUUUCAAUCCCCCUCUCCGCCCCGCCGCCGCCGCCGUUGUUGCUGACGUUGUAGAGCACUGCAUGUAUGGUCAUGUAAGAGAGGCUAACGUCCGCUAAAAGCUGCUGCUGUUGCCGUUGCUCUUGCAAAACCCAUGUUUCUCGAAGCCGCCUGCCCACUUUCCGCUUCGGAGGCCACAGCAAAUGCACGCAGUUUUGGACCAACUUCCUCACCGCUACGACACAUCACCAUAGGAGUAACCUACUGGGUGGACAACAGUUACAGGCGAUGAUUCCUUUAGGUAUCCUCCUGCGUAGAAGAGGCGGGAGUAUCCUCCCGAAAGGGAGGCAUUUAAUAUACCCCAUCCAGUGACGCCUGUUGUCCGAUAACAGUUUCAUCGGCACAACCUAGUUCUGGUCAACCAUUUAAUGCAAAGAGGGACGCAUACUUUCCCAGCACAGUCAUCCUUCUAUGUGUCCUUUUCAUCGCUUUUGCAAGUGAUUCUUUCGGAGUUCACCUAUACUCCUAAUUAAACUGGGCGGUCCGACUAAGUGGCGUCACCCUCGGUGCGUGGGUUGCGUCAAACCAAUCUGUGCAAAGGUUCUCCCAGGGCGGACUUAUCUUUGUCCAGAAGGGAAUUAUCACGAAUGGCAAGGUAGUAAAAACGCAAAUGACCAAAGCGUUUACUCUGCCCGUGAGCUGCGUUUCUGCAAGCCGACUCACUGAUUGACACAGUCGUUGAAAUUAUACUGAAGCCAUUUGCACGUUUGCAAAAAAUACUACUAUGGUAAUGGGCGCCCACCGAUCGUUCUUACGGAUCUCACUCGUUCCGUUUUGUCCUACGGGCUCUCUCUCGAGCCCAACCAGCAGCCGCACAGCCGCGCAUGAUAUAGGCAGAAUGGUAUUACCGACAAAGACAAGGGAGACUGGGAUGGCCAUUUCUGGCUUAUUAGCCGUCGUCAGCCAGCCAAACCCAAGCCCGAAUUUACACCCGAGCCUCGAACUCGCGACCUGUUGGUUUAGAAGUCCACGCCGAUCGAAAAUCAACAGGGCAACGGGCUCGUCUCCCAGUGGUUAUAGGCGUGGACUUCUCACUAACAGGUCGCGAUAUGGAAAAAGCAUAGACGGGAGCCUAGCCCAUCUUUAUUGCCAGCAGAGGGGCUGCGGCGACGGACUGAGAAUCUGUCACCUACGGUCUCUCUGUCAUCCGUCAACCAUGCCUUUAAUUGCCCAUUCAGAGUCUGGAGUUUAUCGAUUCUGUCACUGCUGGAGUUAGCCAUCCUUGGCAUCUCUUUAUCUCGCUCCACGCAGUGGGGCAUGAUAAAGGAAACAGUACUUCUUGUCCUAUCAACUAGGACCGUUUUUCCCCUCAGCAGGGACUUCCGUCCGUUUGGUGAAAUCAUUAUUAUUAUUACUCUUUCGACCCGUCAGUAGGCCAACACAUGUCGGCGAGUUCGGCGGGUCGACUGAUGUAACUUACCGUUUCAUCUUUCUUCGCCCUUUUAGAGUUCAAAAGCGUGAUGAAUGCGAGGGGCUAA